UGCAAAAAGAACUGAAUCGUUUUCCACAGUCUUACUUUAGUUCUGCUGGAUGAAUCUUCAAAUUUGUGGAAGAAAUGAAACAAUUCCUUAUUGUUUUACUCGGUAUAGUUUUACAAACUGCCGAUGUAGCAAGUGUACACAUUUCUAUUUGCAAUCAAAUUGGAUCCCCUAAUUUGGAGAGCCAACUGAACGCAUUUGGUGACAUUCUUAAUGAAAAAUUGGAAAGCUUUGAACAGCGAGUGAAGCAAUUGGAAAUUCAGCAAAACACAUUUCUUGAAACUUUAAAUGCGAGAUUGGAAAAUCAACCUAUACAGAAAUCAACUGGUCAAAACGAAGGUGCGCAGUCUUUGGAUAAGAGAACGAAGGAAUGGAAUCUAAGCCCAUCAUAUACUGAGGUGGUGGAUCGACUAGAAGCUUAUGAAAGUACUACGGAUACCAAAACUUUUGUAACCGAAAAGUCUAUCGAAGAUCCUGUAAAUUUUGAUCGGAAAACGGCAAACAUGUCUCUUUUAAAGUUUAUAAAUAUGUAUAUGGCGAGAAUGAAACAACUUAACCAGGGAAGUAGUACUGAACGUACUACUGAAAGUACUAUUGAAAGUACUACUGAAAGUACUACUGAAAGUACUACUGAAAGUACUACUGAAAGUACUACUAAAAGUACUACUAAAAGUACUACUGAUAGUACUACUGAAAGUUUUAUUGAAAGUACUACUGAAAGUACCUCUACCAUCGAAUCGGAAUCAACAGAUGCAACCGAAGAACCACCGCAGUUUGAUGGUAGCUCUCCAUAUGAAUUUAUGAUAGAUUACAUGUUAAGGGAACUUAAAGACGUGGAGGAAAGUGAUCUACCAAAUAGCAAAUAUUCUCUGCAGGAAUUCGUUAAUAAGGCAAUGGAGGAUUAUAAAAAGUGGAUGAAAUUAGAAGUUAAUUAG